AUGGAAUCCCCCGACGUCUUCACCCUCCUCCCCCUCUCCAUCGACGACGCCACAAACAUAACUGCCACACCCCCCAGCAGCAACGCACUAGAAACCGAGCUCGCGGCCCUAAACGCCCUGCACCGCAACCUCCUCCUCGUGGAGACCCCCACAGGCACGCCCCCACCGCCCGUGCCCGUCAACCCCAAGCGCUCCGCCCAGAUCGGCAAACUACGUGAAUCCGGCAACGCUGAAUACAAAAAAGGCCAACACGGCGCGGCUAUCAAAUUCUACACGCUCGCAAUCGACAUGGCGCUCGCGCGUCCCUCGUGGGAGCCCUCGGGUCUCGUCCGCGAAGAACUAUCUGGUCUGCUCAGUAAUCGCGCGCAGGCCAAUAUGUCGAUGCAGAAUUGGGCCGAGGGGUCUGUGGACGCGGAGGCGAGUGUUGAGAUGAAGAAAGUUGGGAAUGCUAAGGCGUGGUGGAGGCGGGGCAAGUGUCUGCUUGAGAUGGGUAGGUUGGAUGAGGCUGAGGCGUGGGUUAAGACGGGCUUGGAGUUUGAGGCCACGGAACAGGAUUUGGUGGGGUUGAAGGAUGAGAUUGAGAAGAAGCAGAGGGUUAGGGUGUAG